AUGGCCACAGAGGUCACUGCGGGCCAGAAGAAGCUCAGCAGUCAGCAGUUUCUGAGUAUGUUGGCGAAAGUGCAGAAGGAAAGGGCUGAAGAAGCGCGCCUUGAAGCUCAGGUGAUUGAAGGGGGGCAAGGCUCACUCAGUACAGGAGCAUCGACAGGACCCACAGGACCCGCCGGAGGCUACGAAGUGAUCAGACCACCAGCUGACGCGGUUGCACCCGGAGUGAUCAGACCACCACCAGGUCACACGAUUGCACCUGGAGUGAUCAGACCACCACCAGGUCACACGAUGGCACCUGGAGCGAUCGGACCACCAGGUCACACGAUGGCACCUGGAGUGAUCGGACCACCAGGUCACACGAUGCCUGGAGUGAUCGGACCACCAGGUCACACGAUGCCCCGGCCUGGAGUGAUCAGACCACCACCAGAUCACACGAUUGCACCUGGAGUGAUCAGACCACCACCAGGUCACACGAUGGCACCUGGAGUGAUCGGACCACCAGGUCACACGAUGCCCCGGCCUGGAGUGAUCAGACCCAUUGCACCUGGAGUGAUCGCGCCGCCAGACUCCACUCGCAGACGAGAGCUUGUUGCAGAUGGGAAGACCAUCCCGGUUGCCGAUGAGGGUGAGGACGACUCGGAGCUGGACAGUCCAACGAAACGUCCCCUUCAUGGAGAAGCACCGCUCAGUGCACAGGAAAUUCGUGAGCUCUUGUUCGGCCAUGUGAACGAGAUGAAGGAUGCAUGGCGCUCUUUCCAAGGUCGUCUUGAUCGUGUGGAGGCGGAACAAUUACAGCACAACCACGAGAUGAUCAACCUUCGAACCAGAACGCACGCUCUUGAAAAGAGCUCUUCGAGUAUGGGCCGAAAUCAGGAGAAGGCUUCGAAGUGUUUGGAAGAUCUUACUGAGGACGUCAAGAAAAUGAAGGUGCAGAUCGAUGACUUGCAGAAGAAAAGUGCCUCCAAAGCUCCACUUGCUUCCUCAGAAGGUUCACUUCCCCAAGGUGCUCCCAAGUCUGGUACUGUUCAUGGUCAGGCUGACCCUUGGGCUGAAUUCUUCCGACUCAAGGGCAACAAGGAGAUGGAGUUCAAUGGCAAUCCUCCUCGGGGUGAUGUUCAGAGUGGGGCUGAUUUUCUCUCUGAGGAUGAAAAGCGUACACUGGUUGUCGGUGGUUGGGCUCGGGAUACUAAGGGGGCGGUUAUUGAGGCCGAGAGUGGGGUGCUGUUCAACUUGGAAGGCAUCAAGGACUCAGUCGAUGCGGAGAAGCUCACCAUCUAUGGUCCACGCAGGUCCGUCGGCAUGCUCAAGUUCCUGCAACGUGAGGGUGAAUCUUACACAGAGGUCAAGAAUCGGAUGUGGGGUGUCAUCAAGCUUGUGGCGAACAGCAAGAUCGAGCUAGCCAGUACCAAAGAGCUGGGAGAGCCGAGGAAUAUGUGGGCGAGUUUCGUUAAAACAAAGGCUGCUCGUGCUAAAAGUUCCUUGGUGUCCUUGACUCGGAGAGUGUGUUGCGACUUGGCAAUGUCAUCUAAGAAUGCGGAGGGAGGGAUCAAACACCUCCUGAACACCCAGCAUACCGCGUAUGAUUGUGACUGGAACAUGGGCACGAUAUGGUGCGGCAGUCACAAAUUGGCAAGCGCAACCCACAAAGCUCCCCGAGAAUGUGAGGUCAUUCUUCUCCCCUCUGGCUGGGUCGCAUCAGAAGCCGAGGAUCUGCUGUCGGGGAGAAGUCCAAAGGCCACAGGGGAAGUUCUCCCUAAGGGAUGCUCUGGCAAAGGCGGAAAGGACUCGGCGUGUGGAAUACAUCGCUGGGGACGUGUCGUUAGCUGGAACCUCGGUGGUCAGUCUUUGAAGAUGCUGGACGUUGCGGCGGCUGAUGCUGAUAUCCUUCUUGUGCAGGAAGUUUCUCGAGGAAAAGAUGGAUGGGAUGGUGUAGAAACCGAUGAAUAUCAUUGGAUUGUACAUCGUCAUCGUGAACAAUGGAGAGGAACGGCUGUGGGAAUCGCCAAAGAUCGGCUCGACUGUGUCAUUCGGAAAGUUGCUUCUCCUCGGGGAGUUUGGGUCCUUGCCAGAAUUCAUGGGCUCGGACGUGUGGUUUGUGGAUCCAUCCAUUGCUACACGGGUGUCACCAAUGCACGAUAUCAGGCUGCAGUGGGCGAAUUCUUUGCUCUACUUCCGGCAGAAUGGCGACGAUAUCCUCUUCUGUGUGGGGUGGAUGCCAACGAAGAACCGUGCUGGACCGAGAAGGAGAUGUCUGAAGAACUUGAGGUUAGUCAUUGCUCGGACAACCUGAACGUUCUACUCGAUGAAGCAGGAAUCUGCGACUUGGCUGUGUUCACAUUGAUCCGGUUAGAAGACAUACGAUCAAUUCUGAUCAUGCUGCACUCUUUGCUGAAGUUGUCGUCAGAGGAGAUGUGCCGGCUAGACAAUGGGGAAACGACUCUAGAGCACUUUGGGUCCAUCGUGAACUUCCGGCAGUCACUAUUGUCGAUGAUGGGGAUGUUGCUGAACGUGCUCAGACCUGUACGCGGCCUCGACGUUCACAAUCUUAUUGUGACAGUGCGGAGACGAAGUCUGCUAUCAAGGAGGCCAGAGUCUCGAAAUCGAAAGCCUGCUGGAAGAGAGUGCACCGACUCCGGCGACGUGACCGUCAAGCUUGGGAGGAACAGAGAUUGUCACGCAUACUCCUUGGAGGUUGGGACGAAUUUCGAGCUCUGCAAAAUGAAAAGAAAAAACGACGAGGUUGGUGGGGAGGCAUGCUUGACGGCAAAACUCGGCCACCGCCCGGAUGGGAUCAGUGUUCACCUGCUGAGAGAGAUGGCGAACCAUGAGUCCCUGAGUGUUCAGCUGCUGCAGCUCAUCAAUCAUAUAGUUGAGAAGCAAGAGACCCCGGAGAUCUGGAAUGUCAGUUUCCUUGCCCUGUUGGCCAAGUGUUCGCAACCGCUCAAACCCAGUGAUCUGAGGCCGAUAUGCGUCAGCUCAGCUUUCAACAAACUGGUGAAUCGUCUUGUUUGUGCCCGGGCCCUUCCUUUUCUUAGGCGUGGCUCGAAGAUCUCAGCAUGUGGGAGAGGACGACAAGCUGCAGAUCUUAUAGGGGCGGUCUCCCGCAUCCGGGAUGUCAUUCAUGAGUGGCGAAUGCCAGCCUUGGUUUGUAAAUUGGACGUCGCAGGCGCCUUUGAUCGAGUUGAUCGUCGCAAAAUGGCGAGUUUGUUAAUCGCACGCCUCAAGGAUACGGGAAGAAUUGUUGAGCUCCGCUACCUCCUUGGCCAACUACAUUCUCACCUCCUUGAGGGGCGUGUGCCUGGUGGUGGCAAGGUGCGACUACGACCCAACACUGGCAUUAAACAAGGUGCACCUGAGAGCGCUGAACUGUUCGGUAUCUUGAUCGACUCCCUGCUUUCAGAGUUGGUUGAUAGUUCUUCGUGGAGGAGCUUAGGUGGCCUGGCGGAUGAUUUCGAUGUGGACUUGCUCUUCUACCAGGAUGACGUCUUCUUAGUUGACUGUCAGCUAGGCAGACUUGUUCGUCGGAUUCGAGUUGUCGAUCGUUGUUUGGGUCAGGCUGGGCUCAAACUUGCCACUAAUAAGACCAAGAUCAUCGCCAGCCGCAAUUACUCUGGUCCUAGACGGGCUGAAAUUGGGGGUGAUUGCUUCACGAUUGCCGGCAAGGAUGAAUCCAUCAAGGUCCUGGGGGUGAGCUUCAACUUCUUCGAGGGCCCCUCUCAGCAGGCACAGGAAAUGUUGGGUCGUGCUCGGGCGGCUGUCGCAGCCCACUCUGAUGUCCUCUGUGCAUCUGGGCCGUGGAUGAAGAAGGUUGAAAUGCUGCGAUGUCUUGUUGAAGGGGCUUGGAGCUGGACCGCUGGUGCUCUUCACUGGAGUGCCCAAGAUCUGAUGGCGGCAAACACCCUUCAGCUCCACACACUCAGGAAGAUGUUUGCCCUCAAGCGUCUCAGGAAUGAGGUGUCAAGGUGGAGCGCGAAGAUCCUUGCAUUGCAACAUAAUCUCCACGGCCAUUGGGUGUACCCAUUGGUGGCGUGGGCGGCAGGCGAUGAGUUCGUCGAGUGGCAUGAGGCAUCCAUGUAG